UAUACAUACAAACACGCUCACACACACACUCAUACAAACGCUCACACAGACACAGCCACAGGCUGUUAGAACAGUUGCACACACGCAUAACCAGAAGCAUCGAGCGCAGUCACAGCAAACUCACACACGCAUACUCAUACAAUCUAUUCGCGCUUACCCUUCACUCAUACAGCCACUCGCGCGCUCGCACACACUCACACACUCACAUACUCAUACAGCUAUUCGCUCGCUAGCGCGCUCACGCACCUUUCUAACCUCAUAUCCGUGUCUGUAUAUAAAUAAGCUAAGCUAGCAGGCUUGCCAUUUCAGACAGUGACCUGAAACAAGUCUAUAAUCAGCAGCCAAGCUGGGUUUAUAAAACCACAACCACAACACUCGAGUCAUUUAGUUUCCAUGCCGUGUGAGAUUCUACUCUAAACUGAUCGUUUCUCGUUUACUCUACUACAAUUCGCAACAAGUUUAUUUUGUUCUUUCAUUCGUCUUACCCAUAUAUAUAUUGUACCUUCGUAUAUAUAUAUAUAACUUGCCUUCUAUACUACGAUCUUACUAAAAACGUAAGGUGGAGUUUUUAUUUUCAUCAUAAAACACUAUAUUGAAUUUUAUUUGGAAACACGACAGCAUUUAUUGCUAACAUAUAUUAUUCUCCUGACACAACAAUGAAGGGUUUUCCUUGUAUCGACGCCUUACCAGCAUCUCUCUCUGCUGUUGACGAAAACAUGCCGUUGCCAAACGAACAGGGCGCACCUGUAAAAUGUGGCCAUCUCUACCUAAUCAUAGGGCCAAACAGACAACUGGCCGUUUUUGUCAAUGUCUACUGGAGCGGAUUCGAACACUUUGCUGUCAUCUACCGCGACAAGAAAUUCUGUAAUGCUUCCGCUUUCAUCCGUAUCAAGAGAUGUGUAGUGACCAAAGAUUCACAGAAAGGAAAUCGCUUUGUUAUAAUUCCGAAUAACAGUGAAGGUUGUACCAUUGUAUUCGAAUGCGAAACCGAGCGUGAAACAGAUGAAUGGGUGAAGGCUUUGUCGUAUAAAUCUUACAAAAAUAAUCGUUGCUGCCUAUCGAAACCCUCAGUCGUACCCGAAAUGACGGUACCCAUACCAAAGUCUCCUGUUCUACCAACUCUGAAAGAAUAUGACGAAGACGAAGAUGUUUGAACGUUGGAAGUUCCCUCAGUGUAUGUAUAAAUAUCUACACAUGCACAUUUUUAACGAAGUAAAAUAUAUAUAACAUAUAUACAUUUCUCUAUGAAUGUGUAUAUUUAUAUAUAUCCGUGUUCUUUUGUUCUUACAAAAUCCAGCAUUCCCAUUUAAAGUUCUUUAUCUUUCUCUUCUUUCGAACUCCUUUGAAAGAAGUGGAAGGUUGGAUAUAUUUUUUUUCUAUAUUUAAAUGGUGAAAAAUGACGGAGAAGCUGAAGAGGAAAAAAUUGAAAAAAAUACAGAAAGGAAGAUUUUUUUCUUUCUUUUCUUCUCAUUUUUAAUUACUUUUGUUUUCAAGAGGGGGAAGAAAAAAACAAAACAAAGUUCUUUGAAAGACUUUUACUGAAUAAGAAUACCCUGAAGAAAAAGAAAGAAUGGAUAACAGCAAGGAAAGAGAGACCGACAGAGAGAGAGAGAGAGACAGAAAACGUGGUGAUAGAAGAAAAAUAUCCAGAAACCAGAUGACUACCCUGGGUCUUGUUAAAAGAAGGAGAAAAAAAAUCAUCUACGUUUUGUUUUUCAAAAAAAAAAAAGGGAAGAAAGACCCUCCAGGGAGGAAGUUCACAGUAAAAAAAAACAAAACAAAAAAAAA